CAUCAUGACCGUUGUGUUCUCUAGAAAUUCGAGCCAGUCCUCUACUUGGUUUGAUGGCUAUUACUACGCUGAGCUGGAAGCUCCUACAUCAAUCACAGUGCCAACAACUGCUCUACCUUGUGGAGGUCUACUUAUCCAGCCCAAAGGGACAUUUUCUGGCCCAUUGUAUCUGGAAAACUAUCCACACAGUGUGCAAUGUGUCUGGGAGAUCAAAGUGCCAAAGACCUACCAGAUAAGCCUUACCCUGAAAACAUUCGAACUGUCCAUUUAUCAGCCUGAUAGUGUGGACUGAGAUGAAGAGAGUUUGAAGGAACAAGGACAAAGAAGAGAUUGUGACUCAUCCCUUUGAGAAGACUAGAAACCAGUUUCUAAGAUGCAGGGAUGAACUCUCUCUUAACUGUUCUUCGAGCCAUGUUGACAUCUUUGAUGGAUCCCAGAGCUCAUCUGACCUGCUAGGGCGUUUCUGUGAUGCUUCCAAUGAGACAUUUUUGUCUCCUUCCAACAAGAUGAAAGUACAAUUUUCUAGUGACUCAUUUGUCACCAAAUCUGGAUUCCAGGCUUCUUAUUUUGCUCUUC